AUAAAAAUACAGCCCUAUUUAUACAGCAUAUAGGCCUAGCGGCGCUUCACACGGAAUACUCUGUAAUUGGGGAUGAUUGGUUUAGUUUCUAGUUUCGCCGUGUCAAUAAUAAAACAUUAAAAUGUCACUCAGACGUCGCGGCUCAACCUGAGCUCCGAUCGAGGCUGAGCGCGCGGUCCAAGGGUCCGAGCGUACAGGGGCGGGGCCUCGCUCUGUUCCGAGCCAAUCCGCGAUCCCAUAACUAUUAAAAACGCCAAACAUUCCAGUGACUUUCAUCCGCCGAACGUGAGAAAAGCUUUUCCUUAGCGUACGCCUUAAAUAAACAAACACAUAUUUACGUUUUACAUUUUCAAAGGCGUUUUAUUCCAGAUCCUACACUACCUGUGCUGACCAUUGAUUGGUCCACCGAGGACAGAGGCUCCGCCCCCCAGGCGCCCAGACCCUGGGAUCCGUCCAUUCAUUAGGGGUUGUGCCGCCGGCGGUGUCCCCCCCCCUCCCCUCCUCUCCCCUCCAGGUCGGAGCGAGACGCGGGGAGAGGACUCAGUCGCUCCGAGCCUCACAAUGCUGAGCGCCGUGAAAAUGGAAGGCCACGAACACGCAGACUGGAGCGGAUACUACGGGGACGCCGAGAGCUACUCCUCAUUCGGGAGCCUCACCGCGGGGGGCCUCGGGAUGACCACCAUGGGGGGGUACAUGAGCGCCCCCCCCGGCAUGUCCGGCCUCCCGGGCGGGGGCGGCAUGGCCGGCAGCCCGGUCAACGUGUCCUACAUGAACCCUGGCGGGGGGGUCAGCCACCACCACCACGCCGUGCCCGGGAUGUCCCCGGGCACCGGGGCAAUGCACGCGAUGGGCGCCGCCGCGGGGGGGAUGAUGUCCGCGGGAGGGGGCAGCACGAGCCCCCUGGGCGCGCAGUCCGCGUCCAUGAACGCACUGACGCCCUACGGCGGCGUGUCCGUGAUGAGCCCGGUGUACGGUGGCCACCAGGCCAACCUUGGCCGCGCGCGCGAGCCACCGAAAUCCUACCGGCGGAGCUACACGCACGCGAAGCCCCCGUACUCGUACAUCUCGCUGAUCACGAUGGCCCUGCAGCAGUCCGGCUCCAAGAUGCUGACCCUGAACGAGAUCUACCAGUGGAUCAUGGACCUGUUCCCGUUCUACCGGCAGAACCAGCAGCGCUGGCAGAACUCCAUCCGCCACUCGCUUUCCUUCAACGACUGCUUCAUCAAGGUCCCGCGCUCCUCCGACAAGCCCGGAAAGGGCUCGUUCUGGGCGCUGCACCCCGACUCGGGAAACAUGUUCGAGAACGGCUGCUACCUCCGGCGGCAGAAGCGCUUCAAGUGCGAGAUCAAGGUGUGCAAGGAGCCCGCCGCGGGGGGGAAGCCCUCGUGCGAGGCGGGCGCGGUGGCCAGCUGCACGGACAGCCGCGGCGCGGGGACCGAGUCGCCGCACGUGCACGCGUCCCCGGUGAAGGAGACCAAGCGCGCCGCUGCGGCGGCGGCCAGCGAGUCCAAACCGCUGCGGGCGCACGAGGUGUCCACCACCAGCCCCGCGCGCCUUCCGUCUCCCGCGCUCCAGACGCACCAGCUCUUCGCCCAUCAUCAACAUCAUCAUCCCAAUCACCCGCACUCGGUGCUCGUGCACGACGCGCACACCGCGGGACAGCUGAAACCUGAGCACCACCAGCUCCAUCACCACUACUCCUUCAACCACCCGUUCUCCAUCAACAACCUCAUGUCGGAGCAGCAGAGCCACCAGCAGCACAGGAUGGACCUGCGGACGUACGACCAGGUCAUGGGCUACGGGUACGGGUCCACCGCCGGCUCAGGGGCCCUCUGCAUGGGGCCCAUGGCCGCCAAGGCCUCGUUCGAUGGCUCCACGCCCGCCGACACCUCCUACUACCAGGGGGUGUACUCCCGGCCGGUCAUGAACUCCACGUGAGAGGCCUGGACCCGGGGCUGUACCCGGGACUAUACUGGGGGGCUGUCGGAGCGGCCUGGACGCGGGACUACUGGGGGGCUGUCGGAGCGGCCUAGACCCCGGACUGGGGGGCUGUCGGAGCGGACUGGACCCGGGACUGUAUACGGGACUAUUUGUAUAAAUGAGCGCUUGGUUCGUUGGUUGGCUGAGGUCUGUGGAGGGUCCCACAGACGUCCGGAGGGUCUGUGGGAGCAGCUCCGUGAUGCUCUUUUCUAAGGAUGCGACGUAAAUAAACGAACAAUGCCAUCCGUAUUUGUCUAGAAAAAAAUCUUUAUAUUAAAAUAUAAUCUGAA